AAAAGCAAAAAAAAAAAAAAAAGCUGUAACUUUCCAAAGAGUUUUUUUUUUUUUUUUUUGGCUAUGUAUUGGGGAGGCAUGGCUGGGAACAACAUGGGUUGGGGUAUGAACAUGAUAGAGGAAGAGGGUUGGAGGAAAGGUCCCUGGACUGCUGAAGAAGAUAGAUUGCUUAUUGAAUAUGUUAGGCUUCAUGGUGAAGGCAGAUGGAACUCCGUCUCCAGGCUUGCGGGAUUGAAAAGAAAUGGGAAGAGCUGCAGAUUGAGGUGGGUGAAUUACUUGAGGCCUGACCUCAAGAAGGGUCAGAUAACACCUCAGGAAGAGAGUAUCAUUCUAGAGCUGCAUGCUAGGUGGGGAAACAGGUGGUCUACAAUUGCAAGAAGUUUACCAGGAAGAACUGACAAUGAGAUUAAAAACUAUUGGCGGACCCAUUUCAAGAAGAAGGCAAAAAAUUCCCCGGAUUCUGCAGAAAAAGCGAAAAAUCGCCUUAUAAGGAGGCAACAGUUUCAGCAGCAGCAGCAGCAGCAGCAGAUGCAGCAACAACAGCAGCUGCAGCAACUGCAAUUCAACUUGGACAUCAAAGGGAUUAUGGCUCUUCUGGAGGAACAUGAUCAUAGAGUGGCCAUGCCUUCUUUAUCUCAGAUGAGGCAAGAAAUGUACCAAAACACCAUAGAAGAGCAAGGGUGGUUCUACUCUAUGAUCAAUGGCAAUGCCCCUGCACCAGAACCCUCAAACGAUGAUACUUUCUGGGAUGGCCUGUGGAACAUGGAUGAUCUUCAUGGAAAUUUCAGUGCAGCAAACAAAGCCAAUCUGCACAGUCUAGUUGCUCCCUUCUGCUAGAAGUUUAUGGUCUGCCUUAAGUUCUCUUUAGCUUAGUCAUAUUACUGGGGACAAAACGGGGAUAGAGUUUCGUAAGGGUUUCACUUUCAAGUUCUCUAAAUAAUUGUAGUGUGUGGACAACUUUACAAGUUUGGACCACAUUUUUAACUCUUUUUCAAAUAGGUAGUUUUAAUGGAGAACUUGUAGCAGACACUUGAAAAUGAUAUCUAAGUUUUUUCAUGUUACUUUUAAUCAUGGGACGGGAAAGCUCCAAAAACCAGGAGCUUGUUGAGUUUGGAUGAAAUAUUGUAUGAGGUGUGAACUUGAGGAAGAAUAUAGUACUCUCAAGCCAUGUUAUUUUUCA